UGCUGACAUUGACAGUUCACUAUUCUGUGGUCGGUUUGGACCGAGCUUGUGGGGGCUAACUUUCGACAUGAACAAAAUAUGUCAUAGCCUAAGCGCAUCUCGUCGGAGCUGAUCGACUUGAAACCUUGAAUCCCGCCAGGAUAGAGGAUUUUAUUGACGCUGUUAGCAGUAGCACCGUGUACCAUUGAAUACGGCACCAAUGAAUACUGCAGGUUGCAGGAUCAACAGGGUUGCUGUUACUUCAGUAGAGUCUGCCUUGUCUGGAUCAUUACAACGACACGUUACGUGUCGUUCACCGGUGCAGUGGCAGUGCAUUGAGUGCAACAAGCAGCAAGAAUAGUGGAACUGCAGUUGCAGCCCGAGCUGCGAGUUUGAAGGGUGUCCCUGUGCCUGGUGGGAAUGGUAUGGUGCUGAUGUAAACUUACUUGGCAGUGGUCGAAUCUCACCAGGCUGUAACACUAACAGCUGUACAAUACAUGUGUUUGUAUUGUGUUACCAUUAUAAGUAAUAAUAAUUGUCGCGCGUGUGACCAGGUGACCCGAGUCUAGAAUACCGACGCCGUCGAGCGCUACGAGUCCGACUGCAUAUCGAGCAUGUCGGUCGGCUACGCGACGUGAAACUGUCACCUAGCCCUUGGACCUUGGCUUUCUAAAACAUUGAGAAAAGUAACACACCACUCGACGUGAUGUUUAGCCCAUUACGACCAGUGAAGUAUGAAGGGCUGCAGCAGUUGCCAGUCGCACACAGUUCCCACUGCCAGUCCCACUCCCAGCCAGAGACUUGCCUCACACGUCACUGCAACCACAACUCGGCCUCCAGCUGCACUGCCACUAGAAAGUCUUGUUGCACCAACGGUGCCAUAGCUGCAGCGGCGCAAAGUCACAGCGCCCAUAGCCGUAGCCUACAUAGAUCUAACGGCUAUCAAAUUCACACGCCAGUCGCAGGGCCAGGCCGCUGCUGGUGCCUGCGCUCUUCUUUUCCUACGCGCGCCGUGUGUGCAGAAGCAAAUUCAAGUGUAACGAGAGCGAAAUUGCUGGACGUCGUCUGGGCAAUGGCGGAGUCAGGCUCCACGGGACCGUUCCAUGCGGUUGAGAAUAUUCUUGACACGCGUGUCAGCGGCGGCCAGCGUAUGUACUUGAUCAGAUGGGAGGGGUACGGCGAAGCUGACGACUCCUGGGAGCCAGAAGAACACCUUCUGCCAGGUGCCAAGCUUCUAGUUGAUCAAUUCCACAAGAGAAGACAAAGCCAGGACAAAGCCGGCAGACCGGGUACUUCUCCAACUGGACAAAGAGGACACAGCGGCAGCAGCCCAAGACGAUCACCUGGCCGUCCCAGAAAGUCUCCUGCUCGCCAGCUCUCUUCACCUGGCAGGGUAAAGUCGCGGGUCAAGGUAACAGCUUUCAGUGAUUCGGAAGAUAUCGAGGAUGAUACGACGGACGGUGUUGAUAUGGCUGCCAGCAUUCUUCACGCUAGAAAGCUCGCUCAGGAGCAGCUGCCUCCGGUAGUGUCUGCACUGAGUGGCAGUAUAGCAGAGCGUCCGCAGAAGUCUGUUGCUCCUGCUCUUAGCCGCCCGAUGCUUGCAUCAGCAAGUCUUCAAGCCUCCGUACCACCAGAGGCAGAUGUGACCUCGUCGUAUGCGUAUCAAUUGGCCCGUGCUGGAUCCGACUUUGUGGAUUCACCUAUGGACGAUGCCGAAGGAAACAGUGUACGCAAUAGGGUGGCUGAGUCCAAACCAAGUGCCAGUGAGGAACCUGAGUGCUUAGCUGACUUGCACCCACUGGUUGAGAGGGACAGAACCGAUAUUCGGCUGCUGUUUCUGUCGCUCCUUGUGGUUUGCCUGCUCGUAUUUAGUGUAUUACCGCAAAUUGUUGAGCCUUCAAGGCCAUAGGUUUGUCUUGUGGAGGUGACAUCACUUCUUCUGACUGGAAACAUCCACUCAGCUUGAACUGCGCUCAGAAGCGGAAGAAUUUGAGUGAAGGCGAAUAUUUCAUUUUCAGACGAUGCAAAGUUCAAAACCCAACCGACAGCCCGGCCGGUAGAUCAGCAACUUCACUGGGUCUUUACUCUGGGUAAGCUGUAGCCCCAGGUGGCAUUUAUGGCGUGUGCUCAUAGCGUGGUAUGUCAUCGGCCGUAUCUGUAUAACCAACAUUCAUAUGUCGCACUAUUUUAUCCAGUCCCGUCAGGGUCAUUUGUUUACUCCUCAUUUUCAUGGUUUGGGCGAGGUCGUGGCUUCGUGUCGUUGGUAUAGGUCGUGUCGACAUGGUACUGUAUCUGCCUUUCCUAGUGUGGUGUUAAGUUGGGAGCAAUGUUCGUCUUGCGUAUCCGGCUCAGUGAAGAUGCAAAGGGAACGUCAACUUGGAAUAUGCCGUAAUAUUAAAGCAUAGAAAUUUCAAAGCAACAUGUCAUUUUUAUAGUUUUACUUUCUUGCUCUGCGACUGACAGCGGUGCAAAUCCUAGGAUCCGUUUUCAGAUGAAGUCUAGUGCAUGUAACUGAGUCUGGUUGCGGCUUCAGAAUGUAUAUCGUUUAUUGUAUGCCGUGAGUGCUCACAAACGUUUGCUGCUCAUGCUGCUGCUGUACAUAGCUGUUAGUCGUCCCAGACGGGUGUAUUUUAUACUCUUAGUAGUCACGCUCUCUUGAAUUAUGCAGCGUCUACAGAAGUUCUCCCAUUA